AAUACUGCACUGCAGGCUGAUAUGAUACUGUAUGCACACAAGUAUUUGCAUAUUUGCUGUGUGUGUGUGUCUGUCUGUCUGCCUGGUAUGCAAAUGUAGCUGUGUCAGAUGAAGUGUGAGACAGCUAGCAGCAUGUUCACCUGUGCCACUAUAGAUUAGUGUGUGUGGGUGUGUGUGUGUGUGUGUGCAUGUGUGUGGAGAGCUAGAUGGGGGUCAGAGCCGAUGAAAGGGCCCACUGCAGGUAUCCAUGAAUAUUUUAAUAUUUUAGCCUCGUCUCACAUUGCCUUUUGUCAAGCACCCAUCUAACCACCUGCCACUCACAGUGGAGAGAAAGAAGGACGAAGAGCGAGGAAGAAGGAAAGCUAAUGUCACCCUGAAAAUGAACAGUGAAGGGGGAGAAAGAGAGAGGGUAGGAGAAAAGAUGGAAAAAGGAGGGACCUGGGGAGAGAGGGAAUGAAAGCUCCUAUGUUAAUUACUCCUGCCACUCACAAAAAGAGAGGAAGGUGGUAUCGCCUUCUCGCCUUUGUUCCUAGGGAUAGAAAGAAAAGGCAGAGGGAGGGAAAGAAAGAGCCAAAGUACCUGUGUAACCAGCACUAUCACUUACAAGGGGAGGAAAGAGUGAAAGAAAAGAGUAGAGGGAGAGUGAAAGCACCAGUGCUGACAAGGUAUAAAUGAGGCUGGCGAGGAGUGGGGUGCAGAAAUGGAGAAGGCACCUGCUGCAAUGACCGUCACUGCUGGUGUUUGUUGGGUCACAGAAGAGAGGGAAAGACAGAUAGGCACAGAGGAGUGAGGAAAUUACAGGAGAGACAAGGCAGAAAAAAAUGAAGGAAAGGACUAAUUGAUGAGUGAGGGAGUGUAAGAUAAGACACAGAGAGGAAGAUGCUUUCCAAGACCAGGAUGUGUAUUUUUAUAAAAAGAUUUCAUCCUAAUUAGUCAUCUUAAGUCUUCAAACGUGGAGAGAGAGGAAGUGACUUCUGUUUUGCUGUCAAAGUACAGUGACAGUUUACACCCAUCAAAGAGGUUCUUGGAUUGGUGAUGUCACGUGAACGACUGCCUCUCAUUGGUUCAUCUGGGAGUAAAACAACAGCCAAACCACCUCUCUCCUCCCCGGCUCUCCAGCGCCCUCAUCAGGCUAAUCACCGAAAACGCAGCCAGCAGCAAACAUCGUCACCCUCCUUCUCUCACCCUCAUCCGGGGCCUUCUUCCAUCCUCCUCUCAGACACCACCAUGACACCUUGGGGAGGCCUGGCUCUCUCCGAAUCGUCCUUUACCUCAAUCCCCCCACCUCCACCUCCCCCUGCUCCUCAGCCUACGCCGUCCACCCCUUAUUGUGGGACACAGAACGAAGACGAAGAAGUUUCAAGUUCAAGUUUUAACUCUGAGGUUCCAUCUUCACCUGUUGCAGUGCCUCAGGACAGUGCAGGUGUAGGGGGUAGAGGGUUGCGGGUGAGGCGGAGGGUGUUACCCCAGCGUCGGGUGCCUCGUCCUCCCCGUCUCCCACCGCUGCGUCCCGUCACCAACCUCAGUUUCUCUCGGAGCUUCACCUUCUCUUUCUUCGAGCUGCCGCUGCACCAGUCGCCUCGCUGCCGUGCCGAACGCAUCAGAAACCUCAUGCUGCUUUUGAGACAGAUACGCUACUGAAGAAUCAGUGCUGUGUGGACAGUUGUAUUUUCCUAUUCAUAGGACAUAAGAAUCUGUUUUGUUGAAUCAUUUGUUUCUACAUUUACUGUGAACAAAUGAAACUGUUUGGGUAUCUUGUUAGAUCUGUGUGUAUCAUGUUUUGAAAUACUGCAUUUUGGGUUUGAACUUUUGAACAUACUGAACUAACUUUAUUUGUAGUAUUAGUAAAGGUAAAUUUCCCCUCUAUAUAACCAGAAGUUGCUGACUUAUAAGUCAAAAGAGUUUGACAUUUUUUCUUGAAUUUUCUGUUGAUAAUGUUUCUGUAGAGGGCAUUCUUUACUUUUAAUGACCUAAACUGGCUUUUCCUUUUUAAUAAUCCAGCCUUGUAUAAUCCCCGAGUCAGACUUUCAUUUUUUAACAAUUUGCUGUUGUUGAAGACUUUUCACAUAUCAUUCCAAUUUCUUAUUGUGGUGAGAUUAAAAGGACAAUAAAACAACUGUGGAAGUAAA